AUGAGUGAAAGCGCCUAUCUUAUUGACCCGAUUUCAAAAGAGUAUGAUCUGAGAGAACGGUUAGUUGAUCUCGAUCAAUUGUAUAGUAUUCUCGGUGUCCAUAAUCCGGAAGUCGGUUUGGACAUGGCCGAAGCAUUAACAAAACUUCAAAGAGACGGACCGAACAAAGUGACUCCUCCGAUUAAUCUGCCCUCUUGGAUGUGCUGUCUUCUUCCAUGUGUCAAAGCUAUACCAAAAAUGCAGGAAUAUGACAAAAUGGUUCCCAAGACAGCACGUGUGAUUCGGAGUGGCCGAGUUAUGAUAGUCGAUGCAGCUGAUUUGGUAGUUGGUGAUAUUAUAUGUUUAAAGCCAGAUACUAUUGUCCCUGCAGAUUGCCGGUUGAUCGAGUGUAAGAGUCAUCUUCAAAUAGACCGUUCCUAUUUCUUUUCUGAAUAUCCCGUAAUGGAAUGCUACUGUUUGCUAAGCCAGCCUUCGAGUGCAACCCAUCUGUUCUAUCAGUCUGACAUUUGCUUCAUGGCAAGUCGAGUGAUUUCGGGAGAGGCGAAGGCUAUCGUGAUUCGCACAGGUGACCGCACUUUCUGGGGUUACACCUGCCAGUACAAACGGAGAGACUCGUUCAUCUAACCGUUUCUUCCUUUUUC